UUGCCCCCGGAAGAACAGAGCCGUGCAGAGCCAGCAACAACCGCCACCGAGGCUGCCGCUUCGCCACGAGCAUUUCCAGCGAGCCCGCAGCCACACAGCCUACAGGGCCGUAGCAGAGCAGAGGAGAGCGCGCAGUGUCCAUGGCCGUCGCCGCCGCGCGGGCCUCCCUCCUCCUCCCCUCCUCCCUCGCGGCCUCCACAUCCCCCCGCGCGCGGCUCCUCGCGCUCCCGCCCCGCGACCGCCGCCCGCGCGGCUCCCUCGCCUCGCCGCCGGCCGCGGGCAGGGGGCGGCUCCGGGUGCGCAUGGCCAGGACGGAGUCCACCGGCGUCGCCGUCGGCUUCCGCUCGCCGCAGUUCGAGCUCCCGGAGCCACUGACCGGGAAGCUCUGGACGUUGGAUGAUUUCGAGGGCAACCCUGGACUGCUGGUUAUGUUCAUAUGCAAUCACUGUCCAUUUGUAAAACAUCUGAAAAAGGAUAUCGCAAAGCUUACCUCUUUCUACAUGGAGAAAGGACUUGGAGCAGUGGCCAUAUCGUCAAACUCAAUUAGGACACAUCCCCAGGAUGGUCCAGAACACAUGGCUGAAGAUGCAAAAUUGUUCAAAUAUCCUUUUCCAUAUCUUUAUGAUGAGUCUCAAGAAGUAGCUAAAGCUUUUGGAGCAGUCUGCACACCAGAGUUUUUCUUGUUCAAAAAGCAGGAUGGACGAAGGCCUUUUGAACUUUUCUACCAUGGACAGUUCGAUGAUUCAAGACCCAGUAACAAUGUGCCAGUAACAGGAAGGGAUCUAAGCCGUGCAAUUGACUGCGCGCUAAGUGGCCAAGAAUUGCCUUUUGUACAAAAACCUAGUGUUGGAUGCAGCAUCAAAUGGCACCCAUGAAAAGCUCCUAAUGUUGGUGUGCGUUGAGAAGUAUGCGGAACAUUUGAUUGAACGCAGGUGCACAGGAGCUGAUUUUUCAAGUCAGUAUCGAUUACCACGGGAAUGGAAUUGUGUUGGGAGAAAUUUGCGCACUUUGCAUCGUAACACAGAGCUGUCAGAGCGAAAGUGUAGCGCUAGCGCAGAGAAAGGCCCGUGUUGAGAAGUAGGAGAUCCUUUUUUAUGUGGUAAAAUAAUCCCAAAACUGACAUUACCCAUCGUUUGUACAAGUGCAUAUUAUCUGUCGGCAUAGCAGGGGCAAAAUCUCUUACUGAAUGGACGCAAGUUCAUGGUGGAUUGGUAUUUCACUCGGAGCGUACUUCGUUUGGAAGUUUUAAGGAAAAAGUUUAUGAAAAA